AUGGUCAAAGAUGACUAUUCGGCACAGAGCUGCGCUAUCUGUUCUGCUCCAGCCGAUGGUUUACACUACGGAGCCAUAAGUUGCCGGUCAUGCAACGCAUUUUUUCGAAGGACGGUUGUUGAAAAAGCGAAAUAUAUCUGCAAAAACAACAAUGCUUGUGUAAUUGAUCCGGAUGGACGCUGUGCUUGUCGUUCGUGUCGAUUCACGAAAUGCAUCGAGGCCGGAAUGAAAGUUGCAGCGGUCCAACCGAAACGUGAUCCAACGGGUUCACAAAGAGAUCGUCGGAAAAGAAAGUCUAAUGACACAGCAUCAAUGUCGCCGUCAACGGAAGAUAGCAUCAGUCAGAAUUUAGAGCAAUUAGACAUACAGUCCCAAUUUUAUCCGAGCUCGGGAUCUUAUCUUGUAGACGCAAUAAAAUCAGAUUUUAAUUUCGGCAAAACUCGAACAUUGUCGAUUGAUUCAUGCUCGGCAGAGAAAAUUCCACGGACUGUCAAGACAGAACUUGAAGAGGAGCAAUCACCCAGCACUAGCUAUCCAAAUCGGUUUCAAUCGUCAUGGUUAAAUACGCCACUAGAUGAUGAUCAAGCAGAGUUCACAAAUCUUGUUCUUUCAUACACCGAACAUCAAAAAAUGAUGAGACUUUCCUUUGCAUCAGUUGAAAACUUAAUGUCAGAAAUUGGAAAUGGCAAGGCUACUCUACGACCAAUGCAACCCGAAGACGUUUCAAAACUCUCAUCAGUCGAACUAGGCGGUUUAUUAUACUGGAUAGACAAAUGUAAGCCAUAUCCAGAACUGCCACAAGAAGACAAAGACGUGCUUCUGAAACGAUUCUCUGUGAGGAAACUAAGUUUAGAUCAUUUUUAUGUUGCUUCGAAGCAUCCUGAGCAUUGUGAACGUCAGGAAUUUGUUAUGAACAAUUACACCUAUGUGCCAUCAGAUAAAACUGGAUUCGAGUUGCCGAAUGAAGAUAAAAUGCAGGUUGAAGCGAAAAGACAGACUUUUGCCGCAACGUUCAAUAGAUUCUGGAAGAAUGUCAUCCGACCAUUCUCGGAAAUUAAAAUCAAUGAGGCUGAAAUCGUAUUCAUCCAAUUAAUGUUACUAUGGAGCACUUCAAACAAUGAGCACGUAACUCCACCAACACGAAUUAUUAUGAAGGAGAGAAGAGACUGGGCUAUGAAUCGUUUAUUCGAGUGGUACGUUGAUCAUUCUCAAGAGGACAUUCCAGUUCGCUUCGGGACCAUUAUUUUUCUAUUCGGAGAAGUUGAAGCAAUUUGCGAGAUGCACUGCCAGGACUUUGCAGUCGCUAAGCUCUUCGAGUUUUGCGAUAUGAGCUCAUUCUGGUACGAAAGCGUUUGUUACGCGCCAUGCAACACAAAAAUAAAAAAUGAAAUAGAUCCUGACUUGUUCAACUCAUUACAAUUGUUUACUGCCUCAGGCGUACUCGGAAAACCCGUGAGUCACUUGGAAGCGGAGGAAAGAUGGAGUCGAUUGAGUGUUAGCGAUACUCAAUCAACUCCUGACAAGUCAAUCAUGACCGAUGCGACAGGUUCAACACCAAACUCUGUUUCGACGACGGCUUCCGUUCGCAUGAAGACCCCGAUACACACUCCGUCUCAUACUCCAACUCAAACUCCAUUUCAAACUCCGAUAAAGAAGGCUGAGAAUAGUCAGGCAUUAAUGCCAGCUAAAGUUCCCGCCGUAAUGACGACUUCGAUGUCGUCAUCUGGUCCGUUUGUGGAAAAUCGAAAUUCCUACAUGGAAAACUCAAUGCAUGGGCAUUAUUCGCAAAAUCAAAUAUACCCAACAAAGACUAGCCAGCAAGACACGAAUUACAUUUAUGCUCUGAAUGAGCCACUUAUCAUGCAAGAUAUUAACGGGUUUCCGUUACAAACCGAACAAAUAUACCAUCAAAAUACUUCACGUGGUCUUCUGUAA